UUUUUUUUUGAGAAUGAUUUUAUAUAAUCUUUACCGAAGAGAGGAAGAGUGGUCUUCUGGGUCACCUUUCUCUGCAAAGAACAGGAUCAAUUUCCAACCAAAGUCACCAUCUUUGUAACUAUUAUUCAAGGAAUUUCUCCUUUUUAGGGAAGCUGCCUCAGCAAUUGGGCUGCUUCUGAUGUGCUGUUGACAUCUUGGCUAUUGAUCUUUCUUUGGGAUGUUUGAUAUUUGUCUUAGCAGUGGUAUGAUGUGUUUUAGACUCUCACGUUUAUCUUGAUAGGCUAAAGUGGUGAUGAAAAGCAGUAAGGGUUUAUGUAGCCUUUAAAAAGAUAUGUUCUUUGGAUGCGUAUGAAUUUGAAUUUGGAUUCUUUUGGAGAUCUUCUGGGUAGCUUGAUUGUCAUUGUUAUUGUUGGGAAUUUGGGGAGAUGGAAUCGGUGCAUCGCUUUGUUUAAUUUCUUAUGAGGGAGAAUUCCCUUCUUUGCGCUAAAACAGUAGAGCAACAAGUAAUUGAGGACUUGGAAUAGACCCCUUGCUGUGGACUUGAAUUUGACUGUCCAAUGUGAUUCUUCAAUGUAACAAUUAGGGGACAGCAUAGACAGGAUAUUUCUAUCAGAACGAGGGCCUUCUCAGUGUAUUUUAAAGGUUUGGUUUUUUCACCCUCAACACACCAAGAUGCAAAGAGUUCGAAUGUCCUCUGAACAAGCACCUGUACAUAAGCUAGGGGAUUCCCAAAUGAAAUUAUCUCCUAAGUUUAAAUUAGCUAUGAUCCAAUCUUCCUUGUUAAGUCGUUCAUCAGAGAUUGAGUUAUCUCUCCAAGAUGAACCUUUAAUUCCUGGGCUUCCUGAUGAUGUUGCCCUUAACUGUCUUCUCCGGCUUCCAGUCCAGAGUCAUGCAGCCUGCAGAACAGUUUGCAAGCGAUGGCAUUUAUUACUUGGUAAUAAGGAGCAGUUCUUCACCCAUAGAAAGGAACUAGGCCUCAAGGAUCCUUGGCUCUUUGUAUUUGCUUUCCACAAAUGCACUGGAAAGAUUCAGUGGCAAGUUCUAGAUCUUACUCACUUCUCGUGGCACACUAUCCCAGCAAUGCCCUGUAAGGACAAGGUCUGCCCUCGUGGAUUUAGGUGUGCCUCAAUACGCCUUGAUGGUACACUCUUUGUUUGUGGGGGCAUGGUCUCUGAUGUGGAUUGCCCUCUUGACUUAGUUUUGAAGUAUGAGAUGCAUAAGAAUCGUUGGACUGUGAUGAAUCAGAUGAUUGCAGCCAGAUCAUUUUUUGCAAGUGAGGUAAUUGAUGGGAGGAUAUAUGUAGCUGGAGGAAAGAGUGCAGAUCUGUUUGAGCUUAACUCGGCAGAGGUUUUGGAUCCUGUCAAUGGGAAUUGGAACCGUAUUUCAAGCAUGGGAACAAAUAUGGCAUCUUAUGAUGCAGCAGUUCUUGAUGGGAAACUUCUUGUGACGGAAGGCUGGUUGUGGCCAUUUUUUGUCUCUCCUAGGGGUCAGGCUUAUGAUCCAAGAACUGAUAGAUGGGAGAAUAUGGCUCUUGGACUGAGAGAAGGCUGGACUGGUUCAAGUGUGGUAGUCUAUGGGAGUUUGUUUGUGGUUUCAGAGCUUGAAAGGAUGAAGCUCAAGGUUUAUGAUGUGGACACUGAUUCCUGGGAAACAAUAGAAGGGCCCCCUCUGCCAGAGCAAAUUUGCAAACCCUUUGCUGUGAAUGCGUGUGAUUGCAAAAUCUAUGUUGUGGGUCGGAAUCUUCGUGUUGCUGUGGGUCACAUCUAUAAGCUGAAGCAAAAAGGCACUUGUGAACAAAAAUGGAGCUUUAGUGUUACAUGGCAUGUAGUAGAUCCACCAAAUAGUUUUUCUGACUUGACGCCCUCGAGCUCUCAGGUUCUGUUUGCUUAGCUUUUCAGUGAUAUUUGCAUGUUGUCCUGCAUGCUAUUGAAUAAAUCGUAACUAUACGUAUUUGUGAAAGCUGUAGAGUGCUAAUGGCUGCAUGUAGAACAAAUGUAACAAAUAUAUGGUUGUUUCCCAGUUUGUUUUUCUCUAUAAUUAUAAUGAUUCCUUAGUGCACUGUGUGUAAUUCCUAUCA